UUUUACACAUAAUUUGCAUUUCACCAAAUUAAUUAUAAAAUCAGAUAAACAACGUUGUUUGCGCGAACUUAUAAAAGACAAGUCCGUGUCUUAUUCAGCAGAUUUCAGUCAAGUUUCAGUGAGUGAAAAUGACUUCAUACACAGACAAGGGCCCCAAGCCAACUAACGGCAAAUUUUUGUGCUUCGACCAUUUAACGUUUUACGUCGGAAAUGCGAAACAAGCCGCUAGUUAUUACAUAACAAGACUGGGCUUCGAGCCUUUGGCUUACAAAGGCCUGGAGAGCGGAAGCCGCAAAUAUGCCGCCCAUGUCGUCCGCCAGAACAAAGUCAUUUUUGUGUUUAUGUCCCCUUACGAACCCGGGGACUCCGAGGUGGGGCCCCACCUGGUCAAGCAUGGGGACGGCGUUAAGGACAUCGCGAUGGCUGUAGAAAAUUUGGAGGGAAUCGUUGCGCGAGCCAAACAAAAAGGUGCCAAAAUACUGAAAGACAUCUGGGAGGAGAGCGACUUUCACGGAAUCGUCCGCUUCGCCAAAAUCCAAACGUACGGCGACACUACCCAUACUUUCAUCGACCGCAGCCUCUACCGGGGCCCCUUCUUGCCCGGCUACGUCAUGUGUCAAGAGGACAAGUUGGCGAAAAAUUUGCCCGUAGCCAGGCUGGACUUCAUCGACCACAUCGUGGGCAACCAGCCCGACGGGGAGAUGGAGUCCGUGGCGAAAUGGUACGAGACGGUCCUGCAAUUCCACCGCUUCUGGUCGGUGGACGACAAGCAAGUGCACACCGAAUAUUCGGCGUUACGGUCCAUUGUGAUGAGCAACUGGGAGGAGAAUGUGAAGUUGCCGAUCAACGAGCCCGCCCCUGGCAAGAAGAAGAGCCAGAUCGAGGAGUACGUGGAGUACUAUGGGGGCGCGGGGGUGCAGCACAUCGCCCUCAACACGCAGGACAUCAUCAGCUCGGUGCAGAAUUUGAUGGCUAGAGGGGUUGAGUUUCUCCAAGUGCCGGACAGUUAUUACGACAUUCUGCGCGAGCAGCUGAAGCACAGUAAGGUGAAGAUUGCCGAGGAUUUGGAUAUUUUGCAAAAAUUGAAGAUUCUGAUUGAUUAUGACGACAAGGGGUAUUUGCUGCAAAUCUUCACCAAGAAUAUGCAAGACCGGCCGACUCUCUUCCUGGAGGUUAUUCAAAGAAGAAACCAUAACGGAUUUGGGGCCGGGAAUUUCAAGGCACUAUUCGAGGCGAUUGAAAUAGAACAAGCGAAACGUGGCAACUUGUAAUAGUUUAAUGUACCUAAUAAAUAAUAAUCAUUA